AUGGGCAACUGCAACAGCAGCACCGUGAACACCGAGAGCGUCGAGAUCGCGGGCGAAGAUGCAGCGAAGCACCCGAGCCUUCUGUCCAUUCCUCUGCGCACGAACAUGAAGUUUGGGUGGAAGCCUGACAUGCCUGAUCAUCGUGAUCACCACGUGACCUUCGAAGAUGUGAGCGCGCCCAGCCAGAUCAAGAGGAAGGGCGAGGGAGAGAAGGAGAUCGUUGACCUUCGACCCAUGAACGGUGGCUUCCCCAUCUUUGACCAGGGACACCUGGGCAGCUGCACAGCGAAUGCUUUGGCAGCAGCCUUCCAUUUCACCCUCCACAAGAUGACGGUCGAGAACCACAAGGACUUCGCAGACUUCACCCCGAGCCGCCUGUUCAUCUACUACAACGAGCGCCUUGUUGAGGGCAGCGUGAACCAGGAUGCUGGGGCCAUGCUCCGCGACGGCAUCAAGACGAUGUCCAAGGUCGGCGUUUGCCCAGAGAGUGUUUGGAAGUAUGAUGACCAGCAUGACUUCUUCAAGCAACAGCCGGACGAAAAGUCUUACGAGCUGGCGCAGAAGUGUAAGGUGGUGGGCUAUGCCCGC